UCGACAGUACAAGCUAUCGAGUGUGGGCGUAGAAAAUUGCGUUAGACAAAAAUUGAGCAUUGAACGAUACACAAAAAAAGAAAAUAAAUAAAUAAAUAACAAAAUGAAUAUCUCGCUGGGAUACUGCUUGCUUCUUUGCCUCCUGUCAACGAGAGUACAAACGAAGCCGCAAAUAACAAAAUUAUUUCCUAUCGAGGAAAUACACGUUAACGAUCAUCGAGAAGCCAAUAACGAGACGAAACUAUUUGACAAAUUAUUUGGAAAAUUACGUGCAACUUAUAAUUUCGUCUUUCGCAAAACGGACAAUGGUAGCAACAGUAACGUAGAAAAAAUAUUGCCGAAGGACGCGCCAAAUCCUGACGUAGAGGCAUUCAAAUUAAUCUGGAAAAAUCCGAUCAAUUCGAAUUUGGAAAUAACGAAAUUAAAUACGCAAACCACGACGAAGGAACCAGUGUAUCAAACGAGAAUAAAAACUCUUUACGACGCACCAAGGUAUGAUAGAUUCGAAGAGCUUCAACCAUUGGAACCAUUGGAACAAUUGGAACCUUUGAUGCCAUUAGAAUUCGACGAGGAAAACGAACAUAAAAAGGACGACGACGUCGAAUUCAUAACCCCGGCAACCGGUCUACAAUUUCCAACAACUCUCGGUCGUCAUUUCGUCGAGUGGCUUGGCUCUCUUCUAGGACUUUCCUACGGAAUCUACGCGAAACUUACGAGAGCCAUUCAUAGUAAUUACACGCUUUAUUAGGGUCAAUGGCAUACACGAAUAUACUCGGACUAUUUUUAUUCUCAACUGAAAAAAAGAAGAAAAAAAAAGCGACAUAAAAGUCAUAUCGUUUUUGUUGCUUCGUUUGCUCUUCUUUUUUUUUUUUUUUUUUUGUAUUAUUUGAAAUAAUUUUUAUAGUUAGUUAGAUAAUUAGAAUUAAUGAACGAAAUGUUACAAUAUUUUUAUACCCACUUAUCUCCUCCGUUCAGUCACGUCGGCUGUAAUAAUACAAACAAUUACUUGUACGUUAAUAAAUAAAUACACAAAUAAAUGAAUAAAUAACGGAGAUCGGAAUGGAUAAAACUGUACUCUCUAAAUUUCUUUUAUUGAAAAAUAUUUCGGUCUGAAAAAUACAUGCGUCGCUCUUUCUUCUUCAUAUCUUAUUCUUUCUUUCUUUCUUUUUGUUUUGUUUUAUUUUGUUUUUGGCACGCCCACUCUAUCUAUUACACUAUACAAUAAUAAUCUUAUUCUCGAUUAACACGGUACUGUGAAUUUUUAUCGACAUGAAUGAAAUUCGUCAGACCUUAAGAAAGGUGUACGCGAUUAGACGACGCUAGUCCCUACAGUCAUGCAUCUUUGGAAGUAUAUAAUAAAAUCAGUUUUAAGAUUUAAACGAGGAAAAAGGAAAAAAAAGGAAAGGAAAGGAAAGGAAAGAAAAGAAAAGAAAAGAAAAGAAAAGGAAAACCAAGCGAAUGGAAUAAAAAAGGAAAAAAAGAAAAAGAAAAGAAAAGAAAAAAAAUAAAAGUAAACCGAUCAAAAAGAGACAAUGAAAGAGAUGCUAAUAAAAUACUGCUAACCUCACAUACACCAUA